CGACUCUAGCUGCCGGGUGCUGCUGCCGCCGCCGCCGCUGCUGCUGUUGGACGCUAUACGGGCAACCGUUUUCACGAAAGACACAACAACAAACCUUCCUCCCCAGUCGGGCCGAGUUGAAGGCAGUGGCGUGAUUCUUUCUACGUUCGCUCUUGCGCGUUUUCCCAUUCAGUUUUUCACCGUCGCCAUUUCUCCCCGCCCAAAAAAGAUCAGAUUAUUUUUGAUUGUGCGCACAGUUUGUGUCGUUUUUUUUUCCCCAUCUCGCGCAAGUUCCGCAGAUCGUGUCGACCCCGAGACGCGACCGAGAACCCGACCUCAACUCGAGAAAGAAGAGACUCUCUCUCUCGUCGUUUUCUAUUUUGUUUUUACUUCUUGUUUCCUUUUUUUUUCGAUUUGACAUCCGUCUCGACGAUUUCUCGUGUCUCGUCUGUCGCCUCUCGUCUCUUUUUAUUCGUGUUCUUUGCCCUUUUACGCCGAUUCGUUUAAUAGUAGCCAGAAAAAUAUAUCAAUUGCGUGUGUCGUAUAUUACAAAGUGUCGAGCCAAUUCGUGUCCACCAGUGCCACAAGCCUCUCCCGACGAUCGACCGAGAUUCGAUCGGGCGUCAAAAGACUUUUCUUCUUUUCCUUUUUUAAUUAUUUCACAUAUUACACAUUCGAGCUCCCGUGAAACAAAAGUGUCUACCUUAUCGCAUUACCGCCGGCAAUGGGAGCCACAACGUGACGUAAUCUAAUCGCUCCGUAGCCUAGAUUUCAGCUCAUUAGACACGGCAGCAGCGCAGAAUCUGAUUGGAUUCAUUCAAUCUUUUUUUAAUAUUUUUCCAUUUUUAAUCGAGUCGUGAUUCUCCUCCCGGCUUGAAUAGUUGGCGCUAAAGUGCCGGGCCCAGCCAUCGAGUGUUUAGUGAACUUGAGCCAACGGUACGACAUUAUCGUAUAGUUUAAAAAAGACGUGUGUAGUAUACGGUGGAUUACAACAGUCUGAAGAGAUACCAUCAACGGCAUUCUGGGCGGUAUAUAUCGCUCUCUCGGUCUGCUGCCGCAACAGCAACAACAGGGCAGCCACUCACGCAGGUCCUCCUCAUCGCCUUUGGAGAUUCACGGCGUGAGAGAAUAGAUGGAAAAAGGAGGCGGAUAUCAUCGUCAUGCCGACAUUAGCAACUGCAGCCACGGCACAAACGUCUUGAUUUCACCAUCAAGUCAUUGAAACCACCGUCGAGUUUCCUACCACCCCGCGCAAUUGUUGGACCAAUUUUUCCUUUUGGGUUUCCCGACCGAUUUUAUUCUCCCGCAUCCAUGGAUCCCAAUUCGGGACUGGGGCCUGGAGCAGGGGGCCUUCCACUACACAUGCCUUCUGCGUUCGCCGCAUUCCCGCCGGCCGCGUCCGGUCCGGGAGCGCUGGCCGCGGCGGCAGCGGCUCAUGCCGCCGCCGAUCAGCGCGGAGGACCCGACAGCCGAUUCCUAUGGGACCCGUCGGGUCGCAUUCAUCCCACCUACCACGGACACCCAGGGUUGGCUUCGUCCGGUGCCAGCAGCGCCAGUCUCCAGGAGUUCACAUUAUUAGCGGCGGCUCGUCGCUCGGCAGCGGCGGCGGCCGCUGUCGCCGCGGCCGGCGUGGGCGGCGGUGGCUCGGGCGGCUCCCACCCGAUGAGCAUGGGCGUGGGCAUGCCGUCGUCCGGCGUCGGCCCUGGUGAACUCCAUCCGGCCUACCGGCUCAACCCGUACACCAUCGAGCACCUGUACAGCUCACUCCACUCGAGUCCCACGGCCUCGCUACGGGGUCUCAGCCCACUCGACCCUCGAGGUUUGGCCCUUCAACAUUCGAUCGACUACAUGGCCAACAUGUCGGUGCUGGGAUCACGCAUGGGGGAAGUCCACCACUCGCCGUCGCUCCUCGGUUCCACGGAAUUACCUUUCUCUUUGGAUGGUUUUGAUCUUGGCUCGCGAUUGGCCAGCCCUCGACCCGCCAUCCGACAGAGUCGCAAACGAGCUUUGUCCAGUUCACCUUAUUCGGACUCGCUGGAUCUGGGCUCGAUGAUCCGCUUCUCGCCCAAUUCUCUCGUCUCCAUCAUGAACGGAUCCCGUUCCUCCUCCACCUCAGGCUCUUACGGCCAUCUGUCGGCAGGUGCACUGAGUCCGGCCAUGGGCUUGCCACCUCUGCCGACAGCUCACCUCCAGCAAUUGCAGGCGCAUCUGAUACGGACGGGCAGCCUGGGAGGCAGUUUGGGCGGCAGUUUGGGUGGGCACGGCUCGCCUUUUUACCCUGGAAUGCUGCACCAGUCCAGCAACCAGCCCCACCAGUAUCCGCACAAUCUCUUCCAGUUGUCAGGCUCGGGUCUGGGUCACCAUCCGCCUCCGAUGAGCCUCGGCUCUCACGGCCAUCUCAACAGCGGGCACCACACCAGCGUCAAGCCCGAGUACGAGGCGGCCAAAAAGGAGUCGCACAAUCCCGUGUCCAGCACGGUCGACUCUGAAACUCACAUGGAAGUCGUCAAGAUGCGGACCAAAAUCAAGAAGGAGCCGAUGGCCACCGCUCCCGCCGCCGCCGCUGUCGUCCAGCCGCCCAUGUCCAGCAAGGACAGUCACCAUCACCACCACCAUCACCACUUGCACAGCGGCGAGCCGAUGGACGACGACGGUCACGACGGUUCCGGCGACCCGAUGAAAGACGAGCCGGGCGAUUUCAUCGAAACGCAUUGCCACUGGCGCGACUGCGACAAAGAAUUCGCCACGCAGGACGACCUGGUCAAGCACAUCAACAACGACCACAUUCACGCCAAUAAAAAGAGUUUCGUCUGCCGCUGGAAGGAAUGCUCCCGCGAAGAGAAACCCUUCAAAGCUCAGUACAUGCUGGUCGUCCACAUGCGCCGACACACGGGCGAGAAACCUCAUAAAUGCACGUUUGAGGGAUGUUCCAAAGCUUAUUCCCGUCUGGAGAACUUGAAGACUCAUUUGAGAUCACACACGGGCGAGAAACCUUACAUGUGCGAAUUCCCAGGGUGCAGCAAAGCAUUCAGCAACGCAUCCGACCGGGCCAAACAUCAAAAUCGAACCCAUUCGAAUGAGAAACCCUACGUCUGCAAAGCUCCUGGCUGUACCAAACGCUACACGGAUCCCAGCUCGUUGCGCAAGCACGUGAAAACGGUCCACGGUGCGGAAUUCUACGCCAACAAGAAACACAAAGGCGGUGACUCGGCCGGACCGGGUCCCAGUCCCGGCGGUGGCAUGAUGGCUGGAGCCAGUCCACGAAGUGACGACGGUGGCAACAAGACGGCCAGCGUCUCCAGUCCUAGCGUCAAAUCAGAAGAGGCCGGCUCGCCGGGACAGAUUGGCAGUCCAGGCACCGAUUCGAGUAUCAUGACGCCGGGCGUCGUCUCGUGCGCCGACACUUUCGGCCCGUGCGACGACCCGGACAGCGUCAGCACGGCCAACGGUGGCAUGGCUGACGUCCUCGACCAGGAAUGGGCAGCUGAAGAAAUCGACGAAUUCGACAUUGCCGAACUGUCCGCUUCCGUCUCAGUGGCUUUGGGCGCUGGCGGAGGUAACGACGGUGGUGGCAACAGCCCCGGAAGAGCGGCCGCUUUCAACUUGCAGGAUCGAAAUGCCCGCAAUCGGAUGAAGGGCCGUCUUCAAGCUAAACCCAUGCCCGCACUUCUUUCUUUGCCCAGCAUCAACGGUCCCAAUAACCGGCGAGGCAGUGGAUUGAGUGAGAUCAACCAACGGAUCACUGAUUUGCGGAUGGGCGGCGGCGGUGGCAACUCGACCGUCACUUCCCAGUCGCCUCAGACGGGAAAUCGACCCACCAGUCAAUUGCUGGGCCAGACGAUGCUUCUGCCCGGCAGCCAGCAAGAGAUCCGCAGGGAUAGCAACGCCACCACCGUCAGCUCCUAUUACGGAAGCAUGCGUUCCGGCGCCUCUCCGCUUCCCUUCAGCCGCCGAUCGUCGGAAGUUUCGCAAAUUUCCAACGUCUCCGGAAGAGCGGCUUUCCUCUCGUCGCCUUACGAUCCCAUUUCACCGGGCAGUUCCAGACGAUCCAGCGAGGCCUCCAACUUCCAGGGCAAUCAAAUCGGUGGUGCAACAACCGGCAAUUUGUACGUCGCCCAGCCAGGCCAGCACCAACAAGUUGGCGUGGUCAGUAACCAGCCGUUGACGGCUUCGAUGGCCGCCCAUCUCCAGAAGAUGCAACGACGGGCCCUGAUUAUGCAGAACAUGACGUCCACUCAAAAUCUGGUCCUCCAAACGCAAAGUAUGUCACUCAGUCAACAGAAUUUGGCCGCCAAUGCCAGCGCCAAUCCGUCACCAAGUCCUCACCCUCAUCACCACCAACACAAUUCCGCAUCCGGAUGGAUGAACGGUGGACAGGGCGUCCAGAACAUGAACGGAGGAGUCGCUUAUCCUCGCCAGAGCCAAACACCCGGAGCAGUGAUGCCGUCGUACACGCAACAACCGACUCAGGGCCAGCGAGAGAUGCGACGGGCGUCGGAUCCAGUCCGGCCGAUGGCUGCUCAAACGGCGGUUCCUCUUCCGCCACUCAACUCCGCACUGCAGAGACACCACAGCGUCAACAACGUACAACAGCAGCCGAUGAUGCUCCGUACAGCUACCGCCACAGGGACUAACAAUCCGGCCGCCCGCGGUGUCAACGGGUAUCCUCCCAACCACCCCAACAGCGGAAUCGUCUUGGAAGAAGUCGGUGAGGGUCACAUGGUCGAAGAGAAGCUUGUCGUUCCUGACGAAAUGCUCCAGUAUCUCAAUCAGGUGAGCGUCAAUCAAGAUGGAAGAAUGGCCUCUCCACGAUCCUACUUUAUGGGUCGAAGCCCUCGACCGGAUUCGGCUCCGCACAACCAGUUCAGGGCGAUGCAACAACAACACCAACAGCAACAGUUCCACCAAUUUCAGCAGCAACAACAGCAGCAACAACAGCAGCAACAACAACAACAACAGCAAAUGACUAAUCAGUACAAUCCAGCGACAAUGAUGGGCAGUCACAAUUAUCCAGGUCACCAUCAGCCCAACAAUACCAUGGUUGGCUACAACAACGGAGCCGUCAUGCACAUUAGUCCGACGCCUUCCGCUCGCAAUCAACUGGGAAUGCAAGCCAGUCCGGCAUUGGCGGCCACAGCUCCUCAGCACUUCAAUGGGCCGGCCGUUUGCCAUCAAGCUCAAGUUGGCCAGCCUCAAGGCCAACAGCAACAAGCUCCUGCGAUGUACGGCACCUGCCCAGCUCAACAACAAUCACCUGUCGUCGCCAGCGGUGUGGUGGCAGCCCAGCAAGGGCAACAACAACCAAAUAUGGUCGGAUGUAACGUCAUGCAGCCGUCAAACUACUCGCAGGCUGGAGCCAACUACGGGCCAGCCCACGCGGCCGGCGUCAAUGCCAUGCCUUACAACAACUACAACAACCAACAACCUGCCAUGGCGAUGAAUAAUGGCUACAUGAUGAAUCAACAAUGCGGUCAUAUGCAAGCCGCCCAACAACAAGCCAAUCCGGUUGCCCAGGGAUUCAACAAUCCUUGCUCUCCGUGCACCGGCCAUCAUCACCAACAGCCCCAGCCCGUCUGCAACAACAAUCCGGGAAACAACCAAAAUUGGCAAUGCGGAUAUCCCACCCCCAACAACAUGACGCAACAACAACAGCAACACCAUCAGGCGAUGCCGUUCCCCCAGCAGCAACAACACAAUAAUGUUGCGUGGCAGAACAACGCCAUGCAAGGUCCAGGAAACGGAGCGUCCAACGUCCAGGUUCCGCCGACCAAUGCUCAGUCUUUGAUGUACAACAACAUGCAGAGCAACGCUGCGAUGGCCUACAACAACUAUCCUCGUCCGCCACCUUACAGCCAAGUGGCAUCCGCCAUUCAAUGCCAAGAUGUGAGCCAGUCUCAAGAUUUCAUCAACCGAGCUCGCGUUCAAGGAGCUGCCCAGCAGCAGGGGCCAUCAGCUACCCCGGUCCAGCAGCAGCACAGCCAGCAGAUUAACAACGCGGCCACAGCCGUUCCGUCUGUGGCUACCGGUGUCACAACGCCGAGUAAUAUGCGUCCUGAGACGUACCAGCGCACAUUGGAAUAUGUCCAGCAGUGCCAAUCUUGGUCAUCGACAGGAGACGGCAACAAUGGCGGACGAGCGGCUAAGGAGAACAAACCACCCCAGCAGCAACAACAACAACAACCUGGGGCUUGCGAGCCUCAAAUGACCAAGACGGCCGAGACGGCCGCUGUCGGACGGGCCUUGCUUUCCCCUGGCCAGGACGCCGUUUCCAGCUCAACGGAUCGACAGGAAGCGGCGGCGGCGGCGGCUGCUGCAGCUCUGUUGCCUUCCUCGGCCAACAACAUGGUUGUUAACGACAUGAACACUUCACUCAAUUCGCUGAUGCAGGAGAACCGUUUCUUGCAAAUGAUUCAGUAGUAUAGCAACUGUUGCGUACUCUGCUUCUUCUUCUUUCUCGUUGAGUGAGUUCUAGUGCAAUAAGCUGGGCAAACCGCACGCCAAUCAGAGCCGACAAAUUCGUCUCUUUUGGCUGGGCUCCGAUGGAACAAGACUGCGUGUGAAGAUCUCGCCUCAAUUACUCUUUGUUUUUGUUUUUUUAAUUAUUAUUUCUUAUUUGUUCAGUGCUGCCUACGUGUCUUAAUAAUAAUUUGAAUAUUCUUGUACAUUAAAUUGUGUUCCGUGGAGACUCAAUGACGUGCGCCGAGUGCCAAAAGGGGAAGAAAAAACAAUUUUGGCCGUUAUUUCGUAUAUACUGUGUGUGUGUGUGGUUUGUGUCUCUGCCUUACUUUUGCAGCUGUUACUUCCCCCUUUUUUGGGUUUGGGAGGUGUUUUUGUGGGAGGGGAGAUGUGUAUAUGUGUGCCUUUGCGUGUCCUUGUUUCUCGUGCCUGUUCGAAUAAUAUUUGUUGUGAUACUGCCUUUUUCGAAUUAGUUUGUUUGCUCCAUCAAUCAUAUCUCCGGUGCCUUGACAGCUUAAUGAUUUUGCUGCAGUGCCAUAUCGGAGCGCCUUGGUACCAUGACAGUUGUAUAAUGAUGUGAACAUCAUCAUAUAUAUAUAUUCUCUUGAACAGCAAGAUUUUUUGCAUGUGGACUGGCCCAAAUGGCAGCCUAUGAAUUGUGCUUUGUGGUACUUGAAAACUGUACUUACAUGUUCAAUAAAAUAAACUGUAUGUCUGUUGAAA